CUUAUUUGAGGGAUGAAAAAGCAACCCCCUAUAUGCUCCAUGUCAUCACCAGCUAAUAUCUCCUCUUAUUUUUCUGUUAUUUAUUAGUGCAAUUUUUCUCUCUCCUUGAGUUGUAUAUAUAAAUUUAAAAUAUAGGGAAUCAAAUAGGGAAAAUCGUUGGAGCAAAAUAGCUUUUUGAUCCCCAAUAUUUUAGGUAUCCAUUAAUAUAUACUCCCUCCGUCCCUAUUUAUCUGUUCACUUUGGAAGUAAAAAUUUGUCCCUAUUUAUCUGUCCAUUUAUAUAACCAAAGCAAAAUUUUUCAUUUAAUAACCUGAAGAGUCUUUGAUUUUGUUCUUCAUGCUAUAAAUAUCAUGACUAUUUAUUCAUCAAAUUUGUAUUGGAUAAAGGAAUAAUCCCACUAGUAUUUUCCUACUACUAAGGCAUUAAAUAAGGGUAUUGAUAGAAGUUUCUUAUCAAACUUAAAUUUUCUUAAUAUGCGUGAAAAUAUUAAAAGUUAGCAGAUAAAUAAGGACGGAGGGAGGAAUAUUUUAGGGGUUGAAAAUAAGGAAUUGCAUGCUUGCUCCUUGUUACAAACCGACAAGUCUCCUGAAGCCGCCUCCUGCUUUUCAAUCUGCAAAGUGAGCGAAGAUGAGAUUGGAGAAGUGUUGGUUCUGUUCUUCAACUGUAUAUCCUGGCCACGGUAUUCAGUUUGUCAGAAACGAUGCCAAGAUAUUCCGAUUUUGUAGGUCUAAAUGCCACAAGAAUUUCAAGAUGAAGAGGAACCCGCGGAAAGUUAAAUGGGCUAAAGCCUAUAGGCGGUUACAUGGGAAGGAAAUGACUCAGGAUUCCACAUCUGAAUAUGAGAGGAAGCGUAAUAGGCCAGAGAGAUAUGACAGGAAUCUUGCUGAGAAUACACUGAAGGCCAUUAAGAAGAUUGAUAAAGUUAGAGUUGCUAGGGCGGAAGACCACCAUAAGAAUAGGAUGAAAGGAAAGAAAUCCAUGGAGCGCAAGCAAGAUGCAAAGGAGCUGGAACAGAAUAUUUGCAUGAUCAAACCUCGUUUAGUCCCACUAGAAGACCCAUCGCUUACAUUACUAAAAAUCAAGGUCAAGGUUCCCCAGCAGUCCGAGGAAAAUCGCAUGGAAGAGUAAUUUGUUUCUUACAAAAAGUUGCUAGAUGGGAUGAAAACCUUUAUGAUUUCUUGAUUAUUAUUUAUGGAAAUAUACAUUGAGUUUUCUAAAUAAUUUUGUGGAUGUUUAAUGCCAUUAUUAAGAUAUAGAAAAAAGUUGUGAAUUUCUGUCAGA